AUGAUUGAUGGGCGAACGUUGAGACGACGAGAGGUAAAGAGUGGGGAGGAAGGGCUCGGCUUCGAGCGCUCACAUACAUCAAACGAAAGCGUUUGGCGAAUGGCAGCAACAGCAGAGGCUAGGAAGAUGAUGAGGAUCAUCGGCGGCGCGACUGCGGCGGCUGGGGAUGAGGAAUUCCUGGGCGACGGGAAUUCUUUGCGUGAAUGA